CGCAGUGCAUUAUGGUCAUACCGGCCGUUCUCUCGUCGCUGGUUGUUGUCUAGCGAUUGUGAUGGUGGAUAAGAGAGUGUACGGUGCUCGGAGCUGCUGUGUUUCGACCGCCCAACAGUUAUUCGUAACGUCGCUGCAGCGUUAAACUACCGAUGAGACUGGUUUCCCAGCAGCGCUGAUGCCAUGGCAACCAGCCACAGCUCCACAUCAGUGCCUCACCCCGGCGGGGGAGGGGCCGGGGGCGGGGCAGGGGGCGGUGGCCACGCGCUCUUCAGGAAGGACCGGGAGCGAGACUCCGCCUCCAGACACUAUAAACCCGCCCGCUUGCUGCCCGACGUCUGUCCCACAGAGCCCACAGGGCAUGCUGGGAGGCUGUGUGACGGGCCCUCGGUGGUCUCGGAUCAGCACCGCUGGACCGUGUACAACUCUAAAGUCAACCUCCCGGCCGCGCUGAACGACCCGCGGCUCGCCAAGAGGGAGUCCGACUUCUUCACCAAAACCUGGGGCCUGGACUUCACCGACACCGAGGUCAUGCCCUCCCACUACCUCCCCAACAUCACCCGAGAGCACUUCACCUCCUACCUGCAGCACACCGCACAGAGGGAGAAAAUCCAUGAGAGUUGUAAGAAUAUCUGUCCUACGAAGGAUGAGCUGGAUUCAGCCUCCAGCAUCUCAAACAACCACGAUAAAUGGCAGACAGAACUGGAGCAGGUGCCUAAGAUCUUCAUGAAGCCCGACUUCGCGCUGGACGACCCCGCGACCUUCAACGCCGUGUUGCCGUGGUCACACUUCAGCAUCGCCGGCGGGAAGGCCAGCCGCGACGCGGCGUCGUCACGGUUACUGCAGGAGAAGCUGAGUCACUACCUGGACGUGGUGGAGGUGAGCAUCGCGCGGCAGAUCUCCCUGCGCUCCGAGGCCUUCUUCCACGCCAUGUCGUCGCAGCACGAGCUGCAGGACCGCCUGCGGGACACGGGCCGGGCGGUGUCCGCCCUGAGGGAGCGCACGGCCGCCGUGCAGCGCUGCAUGUGCGCCGGGCCCCUCAGGGCCCUGCGGGGGGCGCUCACGCACACCAACUGCCUGAAGCUGCAGGCCAAGCUCAAGCUGAUGGCCGCCGUGCAGCAGACCCAGCCCACCGUGCAGCUGCUGCUCUCCACCUCCGAGUUCGUGGGAGCGCUGGAGCUCAUCAGCACCACCCAGGAGGUGCUGCAGCAAGAGCUGCAGGGAGUGCACAGCUUCAGGCACCUGGGCUCCCAGCUGUGUGAGAUGGAGCGGCUCAUUGAUAAGAUGAUGGUGGCGGAUUUCAGCACGUACGCGCGCAGCGACCUGAACCGGCCGCUGGAGGAGGACGUGCAGGUCCUGGAGAAGGAUCGGCUGGAGUCCCUGGUGUUCGGCCUGCUGCGGCAGAGGAAGCUCGACUUCCUGGAGAUCUACAGCGAGGAGGUGAUCAUGGCCGCCAAGGGCAUCGUCAAGCAGUGCGUCCUGACCACGGUGGCCCAGAUGGAGGAGAGCGACUCGGAGCCUGUGAUGAAGCUGGCGGAUCAGAUGAGGCUCAUGACCUUUGCGCAGUGGUUUGACCUUCUGAAGAACGUGUUCGUGAACUUCAUCCUCUUCCUGAAGAGGAUCAAGGCGACGCUGAACGUGAUCCGGACCGUGGUUCUGGAGGUUCUGGACAGCAGUCAGAGGAGCCGGGCGGCGGAGUUGGCGGUGGAGGAGAGCGCUCGGUGCCCCCCCCAGCCUCGGGACGCUGACGUGGCCUACCUCACGCACGAGGGCCUGUUCAUCAGCGACGCCUUCGCCGGCCCCGAGGGCCCCGCCCCCGGCCCUAACCCCGCCCCCAGCCCUGACCCCCGCCCCCGCCUCCGGCCCAAACCCCGCCUCCGGCCCAAACCCCGCCUCCGGGUCCUGACCCGCCCCCCGCCCCCUGCCCUAACCCCCGCCCCUGCCUCCGGCCCUAACCCCGCCUCCUCCCGUGAGCCCUGUGGCAGUGACUCCGCCUCUGGCACCACAGACUCCUCCUCCACACCAGCAGGGGGUGCUGGACUCACGGUGAGUGAGGACAUGAUGCCCUCUGACCUGGAGCUGGGCCGCGUGGCGGGGAACAUCCAGGAGCUCCUCUACACCGCGUCUGACGUCAGCCACGACCGCUGUGUCAAGUUCCUCAUGGCGAGAGCCAAGGACGGGGCUCUGGAGCGGCUGAGCUCUGCGGAGUUCGUGUGUCUGUCCCAGGGGGUGGAGCAGUUUGUGCGCGACACGGAGCUGCUCUGCCACCGACGCAGCGUCUCCCUGCAGGGGGCGCUGCAGAGCCAGGCCAACCGCUUCGUCCAGCGCUUCCACGAGGAGCGCAAGACCAAGCUCAGUCUCCUGCUGGAUAAUGAGCGCUGGAAGCAGGCCGAGGUCCCGGCGGAGUUCCAGGACCUGGUGAACUCCAUCGCUGACGGCCGGAUCAGCCUCCCCGACCGGAAGCACACGGGUACAAAAGACAGGAAGCCCAGCGACUACCUGAGAGUGGACGGGCAGAAGUACGCUGUCGUAGGGACGGUGCUGCUGCUGAUCCGGAUCUUUCUGGAGUACUGCCAGUGUGUGAACGACAUCCCGUCUAUCACCACCGACAUGCUCACGCGCCUGUCCGACCUGCUCAAGCAUUUUAACUCUAGGAGCUGUCAGCUGGUUCUGGGCGCGGGGGCCCUGCAGGUGGUUGGCCUGAAGACCAUCACUACCAAAAACCUGGCCUUGGCCUCUCGUUGUCUCCAGCUGGUGGUUCACUACAUUCCUGUGAUCAGAGCUCACUUUGAGACCAAGCUGCAGCCCAAACAGUACAGCAUCCUGCGCCACUUCGACCACAUCACCAAGGACUACAAUGACCACAUCGCUGAGAUCUCCGCUAAGCUAGUGGCCAUCAUGGACAGCCUGUUUGAGAAAGUGUUGUCCAAGUACGAAGUGAAGGCGCCCAUGCCCUCCUCCUGUUUCCGGAACGUGUGCAAACAGAUGGCCAAGAUGCACGAGGCCAUCUACGAGCUCCUGCCUGAGGAGCAGACGCAGAUGUUGUUCCUGAGAAUCUGCGCCAGCUUUAAGCUGCACCUCAAGAGGCAGCUCGCCCGUCUGAACGUGGUCAACGACGGAGGACCUCAGCACGGGCUGGUCAUGGUCGAUGUGGCGUUCUACGUGGGGAACAUUCAGGCGCUCCGGUCGCUGGAAAACCUGGAUCUCAACAUGGCGGAAAUCUGGGAAUUGAAGAGGUGAUGCAGCAGGAAUCGCCUUCCAGUGCCAUUUUCCUGCUGGAGGAUCCCUCCCGGAAUUAACCAGAAUUCUGCCCCGUCCCGUCAUCCCCCGCACCCCUCUGACCCGGUAACAGUUGCCGGGGCCGGCGCAAGGAGAGGGGAGGGGGGGCACCCAGACAUUCCCCAAAAAACCAGGGAGGGGGAGAGGACUACUCACGUGUGGAACCAAUCACACACACUCACACACACUCACACACACUCACACACACACACACACACACACACACACACACACACACACACACACACUCACACACACUCACACUCACA